CCCAAAGGAGAAGGCUUUUCCCCUCCGGAGGAGGAGGCCGCCGCCCGCCAUGCUGUUCCGUUUCGGCGUGGUGCUGCCGGCCCGCAUGACGGAGGGCAGCGGGGCGCUCCUGCUGGCCGGCUCCCGCCCGGAGCUGGGCCAGUGGGACCCGCAGCGCGCCCUGCCCAUGAAGCCGGCGCGGCCGACCGCCCCGCUGCCGGCCCAGGAGCCGGCGCUGUGGCUGGCGGAGGCGGUGCUGCCGGACGAGGAGGCCUCCAGCCCUUUCUGGUACAAGUUCCUCCUCCGGCGGGGCGGUGACUUCCUCUGGGAAGGUAAUGGGCCCCAUCAUGAUCGAAGUUGUGUUUAUGAUGAGAGCAACAUAGUAGAUGGAGUUUACUGCCUCCCAAUAGCACACUGGAUUGAAGUCUCUGGACAUACUGAUGAGAUGAAACAUACAACUGACUUCUAUUUUAAUAUUGCGGGACAUCAAGCUAUCCAUUACUCCAGAAUUCUGCCAAACAUCUGGCUGGGAAGUUGCCCUCGGCAGCUGGAGCACGUGACUGUCAAGCUGAAGCACGAGCUGGGUGUUACGGCUGUGAUGAACUUCCAGACCGAGUGGGACAUUGUUCAGAAUUCCUGGGGCUGCAACCGCUACCCUGAACCCAUGAGCCCCGAAACCCUCAUGAAGCUGUAUAAAGAGGAAGGUCUUGCUUAUGUCUGGAUGCCAACGCCAGACAUGAGCACUGAAGGGAGAAUACAGAUGUUGCCACAAGCUGUCUGCCUCUUGCACGGGCUACUGGAGAAUGGACACACGGUCUACGUUCAUUGCAACGCCGGCGUUGGCAGGUCUACAGCUGCUGUCAGUGGCUGGCUGAAGUACGUGGUGGGAUGGAGCCUGCGGAAAGUGCAGUACUUUUUGGCCUCCCGGAGACCAGCUGUCUACAUCGAUGAGGAAGCCCUGAAUCGUGCUGAAGAUGAUUUCUACCAGAAAUUUGGGCAUCUGCGUUCCUCAUGCAGAGUGCAAGGGUAGAAAAGCAGCAGAGGAGCAGGAAGGUGAAAACUCUUACAUUUGAACACCAAGGACUUAGAAAUCAUGAGUCAGACGCUUGCCUCUCCUCUUCAGAUUAUAAGCUUGUCAUAGAAGUUGUGAGAAUUUUGUUAGAAAAGUGCCUUUGAGGAUUUUUUAUUUGCUUUCUUUAAGCUGAUAUGAUUCAUGUUUUCAAGUCUUUUGCCACAAGUAUGAGACCUAGAAACUCUGCAAAGGGAAACUAAGAUUUUUCUUUUAAGUACUUGCCUACAGGAACUAAGGUUUUAGGGUAGACAC